AUGUCAUCUGAAGUAACAACAGCAGCUAGCAGCUCCCUCUAUGUUAUCAUAGUGUCUUUGGUGUUAGGCUUACUGAUUCUUGCUACAAUAGUCGGAAAUCUGUUUGUAAUUGCCGCUAUAGUGAUAGAGAAACACUUGAGGUCCAUCGGAAAUUACCUCGUGCUCUCAUUGGCUGUCGCUGAUCUCAUGGUGGCUUGUUUGGUUAUGCCUCUGAGUGCCGUGUACGAGGUUACUAACGAGUGGGUUUUGGGUUCGGGUUUGUGUGAAGCGUGGACAUUUUGUGACGUACUCUGCUGCACUGCCUCCAUUCUCCACCUUCUCGCUAUUGCUGUGGACAGAUACUGGGCUGUUACCCGCGUGGACUACGUCCGCCAAAGAAGUUCACGACGAAUAGGUCUGAUGAUUUUUCUGGUUUGGGGGGUGGCCGUCAUUGUGUCGGUAGCGCCCGUGUUUGGCUGGAAAGACACGAACUUCCAAAAACGGGUUCAAGAAGAUAAAAUAUGUCUUGUUAGUCAGGACCUAGCUUACCAGGUGUUCGCUACUUGUUCCAGUUUUUAUGUGCCUCUCAUUAUCAUUCUCUUUCUCUACUGGAAGAUAUUUCAAGUAGCCAUAAAUCGGAUUCGGAAUAAACCUGGAGCCAAAGCUCUUCUCAUAGUUCGGAGGGCCACAACCAGCACGACCGGAAAUGAUCAAGAAAAUACUGAUGGUGUAAACAGUGGGAUCACUAAGCUUGUAGCUCUUGCCAAAAGGGACAAACAUCGGAGACGAGAAACCUUGGAGACAAGGCGCGAACGGAAAGCUGCAAAAACGCUUGCAAUCAUUACUGGAGUUUUUGUCAUUUGCUGGUUGCCAUUCUUCGUGAUGGCAGUUGUAAUGCCGAUGUGCAGCUCCUGUCAGCCUGAUAAAAUAUUCUUCAGUUUCUUUCUCUGGUUAGGUUAUAUCAACUCCAUGCUGAAUCCGAUCAUUUACACCAUCUUCAGUCCAGACUUCCGAGGUGCUUUUCGUCGAAUCCUCUGUGGAGAGGAGAUAUCAGCGACACCGAGACCGACUUAG